GCGUGAUGUCAGUCUGGUGCCACUAAUCUCGAGCAAGUUUAAUUUUCGACUGGCAAGCGGUUGGUGACGACGACGCGACGUGGGUUUUUGUUUACUUUUUCCUGGAGUGAAUCAUGCGAGACGACCACGAAUUGUACAUUAAUUUUGUAGCCCUUGUAGAGGCAUAUCCCUGUCUGUAUGACAAUACACGGGAGGAUUAUCAUAUGAUCCAUGUGCAAGAACGGGCUUGGGCAAAAAUUGCAAAAGACAUUGGGGAAGGAGCUACCAUCGCAGAUUGCAAAAAAAGGUGGAAGAAUUUACGUGGAAGUUACACGAAACAUUUAAAGACAUACAUGCCAUCUGGAUCUGGAGCAUCGUGGCGUACGCCCAGUUCCAAUGGUGCAGGGAGCGGUAUGUCGGGAAAAAAUAAACCGCCAGACAUAGAAAGAAGAUGUGAAGUGUGUGAUGAGGAGAUCCGUAAAGGAGGUGCUAAGGUAAUGUGUAGCAAUGUAAGCUGCGGAAUCACCCUCCAUCAAAAGUGCUUUGCCUCAAUUGCUAAGGUUAUUAAGUUAGACAAAGCUGAAUGGUUGUGCAAAAAUUGUGACGAAGAAAGCGAUUCUUCGAUUAACACUGUAAUAACAUCUGAUGGAGAUUUGUCAAGGGAGUUAACUACGGUUAAACAUGAUGUGCAAAUUUUGACUGACCUUGUGAAUGAACUUAAACGUGCAAAUGAGAUUUUGUUGGAUAAAAUUGAGCAACUAACAGUCAAUAACACAAACACCUUAUCAAAUUAG